UCCAGUUGGGGCGUCGCGACGCUCGUGGGAUAGACACGCGAGAGACAAAAAGCUACCUCCGGUCCUAGAAGUGCAAAGAGUACAUCUCGGUUCGUGCGUGCGUACGCGUGUCAAAAGCACACGCACUCUCCGGAUCGGAUUUGGCGCCCUCCGACGAGAGUACCUCGUCGUUGCGUUCGCCAUGCAGACGUCACGAAAUUCAGAGGCGAGCUGCGGAUCCUUCAUCUUGAAAUUCGGACUCGGAAACUUCUAAAGUAGAACAAUGCUGCUUUAGACCAUUUUGACUAGCCGCGCUAAAGUCAACGGCGCACGAGCGAAAUCGUCAACUUUCAGAUAAAACGUACCGUAAAAUUUUAUCUCUCGCUGCUCGGAUUUUGAAAUUUAAAAUAGAACAAUGUCGCUCUGAAUUACCGCAAGAUAUAGCCAAGGUUAUCGCCUAGGUUAGCAUGGCGAGAGCAAGAUUCCGCAGUGUUCGACUCCUCGGCACAACCGGCCUCUGUGACAUAUCGUGACCGUUUGAUUUUGGACCUGAACAUUUGAAGUAGUGGAAUUUGCGCCUCGUUCACCCGGCAGAAUUCAGGACAACGUCCGAGAGAGAUCACGAGGCCGCGGACGACGUCGCAAAUAGAAGACGGUGAAUGCGCCGGCGGUGGCGUUGAGAAUAAAACGCGGCGACUGUCUUUCUUAAAUCGGCCGUCGGAUUCUCGCGAACGUUCGAUCGGCGCGACGGCAGCGAUUAAUCAUCGUCAUUAUCCGAGCGCUGCAUCCGAGAGAAAGGCGAUGCCACUGACGAGGGAAUCAACGCCGUCGACGCCAGAAUGUCGUAUCCUUGAUCCCCGCGCUUCGCCCCGGCGAGCGGUUUAGUGCCUGUCCGUGCAUUCGCCCUGAAUGGGAGAUUUAUUAAGUAACACUCGGCUUCGGCAUCGCGAAUAAUCGAACGUGCGAUUUGCACAGGCGUGUCGAGCCGUUCACGAGCACAGCGAGUAGAGCGGGAAUCAAAAGUGCCGGCCGAGAAGAAUGUCCAGCGUUGGAGUUCAACCCCUUGAUUCUCCAUCUGCGCGGUAAUUCAAGCGAUCGUCGUAACGCGCCGUUGACGACAUGUCCUCCAGAGUCAAACAGCAGAUUCGCAUAACGAUCUUCUUCAACGACGGCGUCGUGGUGAUUUACAUCUGAACAUCGACCACGGCGGAGCGGAAUAGAAGAGACCUGUCGUCGGGAUCGGCGGGGGAACUCGCGAAAAUUCCAAGGAGCGAAGACGGCCGGCCGGCAGGAUCAAGGAAAAGAAGGUGGAAAAGGGAGCACAGUAGCGUAGGAAAGAUGAGCAUACCUCUCUUUGCGCCACUGCUUAGAAAAAGUUAGUCGAAUUACUUAGCCGGUCGUUGCACCGUGGCUGGCCGCUUCGACGUGACGAUAAAGGAACCGAUCGGGCGUGCACAGGAUCGACCAACCACGAAGCGACUGCUCGGCCGCGAAUAAAAAGCGCGGUAGCGAUCUAGCGCGACAAUCGGGUCGAGAGAAAGUGAGCUUAUCGUGUGAGCGCGAACCCGAAGGAUACACUCCUGUGUGUCUUUAUGCGGGGGCAAGGAUUGGAAUUGAAGCGCCGCCGUGAUCGAAAUUUUCAACGUCGACGUUGAAAAACGUUGGAUAAUCCGAUAAUUUGCCGGUCUAACGUCUAAUAAUGUUAUCAUGCGAUCGUAGGAAUAGUUCAGUUAUUCGUGUUACUGUUGAUAAAGAAUCGAGAGACGCAUCAGUAUUCUGUACCGACGUACGCACGAUCGAUCAAUUCUCCCGUCAGAUUAGAAAUUAGGUGCGGCUCUCUAUCCCCCCUCUCUCUCUCUCUCUCUCUCUCUCUCUCUUUCUCUUUUUCACCGUGAAUAUAGAUAUGUUACUAUAAAUUUGCGUUUUAUUCAGUUAUGGGAAUGUUGGGAUAUUAGCUUGUAAUAAGAUAUGUGACCGAAUUGGUAAGAACCGGCUAGAGCGAAGCAAUAGAAAUAUUUCGAAGAUUAAUUGCGACGUACUUGAGAUAAAUCGUGGAUCUGGGGGAAAUAGCGAGAGAGCGACGCUGACGAGGAAGGAUUGGUGGAUAACUCCCGAGAGCGUUCGGGUUUUACUGGACUUAGCGAGCCAUUUUGUCGGAUGAGUUCUGUACUUUCUAAUCUAGCGAGUAUUCUGCCCGCACUGCCUUUUACUAAUAGGCGAUCAGCUGGUGAACGUCUCAAACCGGUGCAAUUGAGGCCAUUGCAGCGGACUCGGUGCAUCACUUCUGCACCGAAGGAGCAUCUCCGCGACGCUCCUGCCACCGCGAUCUCUCGUUCGACUCGGUCGAGUACGUCGUCCUCGUGGUCGUGUUUCAUCCUGUUUCGUCUUUCUUUCGCGAAUUCAGGUAGAAAAUCCGCGUGUGCGCGCGUAAAAUUGCCUCAAGGUUCGUACGUGCAAGCUUUUUCGUGCGACUUUGCCGGACGGACCAACAUGACGUGCUUCUUGCCGCCCAAGCGAGCCACACCAGUGCUCGUUCCGGCUGUGGCUCAUUAUUCGCGCAAUUUUCACGCGCCGAUUUUCAAGCGAGUAACGGUCGUCAACACGGUAUCCGUGGUUUUUCUACCCUCCCCUCUGAAAAUUACGCCCAAGUCAUAAGACCGACUUGCUGGGAAGCUUCCUAAUUGCGGAUACAGCUGUUGCAUCGCUCGGAGAUAUCAGGGAGAAUUAUUUCGCAAGUUCCUAAUCCCGAAUAUUGCCAUCGUAUACAUUUUUUAGAGAAUUUAAACGGGCCGAGUUACGUGACAAACGACGAGCGAGAUCGCCCUCGUUAGAAAAUCCAAGAGAUAAAAUGCUCUACGCAUAUUCGUUCUAAGUACUGUGAAUGACAAUCGUUGCGAAUUCAUUCGCAUUUUUUGCAUUUUACGUGCCGCAGGAUACGUGAAGAUGUAUACUUUCCACUUGUGCGAAAUUCAAUUAUGCGCGGCUGAGAUAAGUCCAAUUCCGGGAAUACGUCGGAAAUAGUCCCGAUGCGCGGUUACUUCGAUUCGACAUUAAUAUUCAAGAAGUAACGCAGAUUCCUAGAAUGCAUCCGAAUGGUAUUCCUCCGAGGGAGAUUACGACGAGCUAAUCGGCUAGGAAAGAUAUUAGAUUGUGUAAGAUUGCGGGAGAGAUACAUGUGCUCGUCGCGUACUUCCUGCACAGCAACCUUGAGAGCGGAAUUAUAAUCGUAAUUGUAUAAUGCGUCACACACACACACACACAUCGUCGACCUGUAUCGCGUAGUAACGCUAAAGUUCCGGGGUGCGAUAAAAAUUAGGCAAUAUUUUAAUAUCUGAAAUUUGAGAGAAAAGAAGGGUAUAUCCUGUACGCACAAUUGACGAUGGUCUCAACUUUCCAACACGUCGAAGUCAUGUAACGUCGUGUUUGCGCGUAUUCAUGCAUGAUCAUGGAUUAUCAACAUUUUUAUAUGACAUUAAAUUAACAACUGCCUGAAUAUGAUAUUAAAUCUGUCUAUCUUGACCGCUGCGUUGUUUAUCAACCCACUCGAUUCGAGACGUAACAGUUGUCUGUAUUAUCUCGUUUAAAAAUAUAAUAUCCGCGUGAAUAAUGAUUGCGCCAACAUGAUUACAUCUGCAACUGUAUUGCCUUUUCAUCUAGAAAGUUAUUAUUAUACAACCAAGUCGUGCGCCAGAAACGUUACCACUCUGCAACCAGCAGUUUUAGUUAAUGUACGUUAAUAUCUGCGAUUAGAGUUGCAAGAGAAACUUGUUGAUAAUUAGAAAUGCGAUUAUCCUUUGCUAAAAGUAUACACUUAUCCACUUGUGAUCGAUAAAAAGCCGCCGGCUUACCAUUAGAGUAAGAUCAUUAUCUCGCCGCGAACCAUUCGAAAUAUUCGGCGCACGUACGGCUUUCGGUUAGAAACGAGGAAAUUGAUAUCUGUUCUUUUUGUUCCCUCCGCGGACUCCAUCGUGGGCCUUCAAGGCCGAUGAGCUGGCGGUAUAAUGGAUGGCAUCUAUCCCGUGACUCGUUGUAAUUCCGAGCAGGCAGCUUCGAAUGCCUCUCAAAUUUGGAACAAAUCCAGAAGAUUCAACGUCUAAAAGUCUCGCUUUGACGACCAUGAGCGCUUUCCUUUCUUCCCUCUCGGGAUUAACGCAAUAAAUUAUCAACGAGUAAAGCGUGAAUAACGAGCGAUGCAAAAUCAUCGUAUUGCUUCGCUUCGUCGCUGAAAUUUAACGAUCACUGGCACGUGUCAAGUUAGCCGGUAAUGUUAGUUCUCAUUCGCCGUGUUUGUGCAUACGCGUAUGUAAUCGCAGAUAUUAUUCAAUGCUUGUCAAAAUAUUAAAAUGAGAGGGUCAGUGCGAUGCGUGACGUUACUUUGACGCAUCGCGUAAUUUAAAGGAGCGCCCUCGUAAUUCGUUGUCGUGUUAUUCGUUAUUAGAUUAGAUUGAUGCUCCUCGUGCCCGUCCCGAAAUAACUGCGCACACCCUCGUCGCUGUAAUUUUGCUCGUCGCUUGUCUAUCGAUGACCCGCGAUGAACCGUCUUCAUUGUAUUUCUUCAAACGAGCGUUUGUGUAAAACGGAUAUAAUAGUGCGCGACAAAGUCAUUAAUACAGAGCCAGAUCGCAGCAAAUUACCUGCAUAACGGAAGUUACUAAUAAGUAUUUAUAAAGAACUAUUUAUUAAUUAAUACCUUAUUCGCAGGAGAGCGUUUUAGCGAAAACCUCGCGACGAUAGGAGCUUAACCCAUUAGCUGCCACGAUCCCCAUUUGGGGAUCAAAACAAAACAUAAUUUGAAUAUAAUUAUACUGUUACACAACUUUUUGUGCAUAUAUAUAACUUAUCCGGCCAAAAAUUUCAAAAAAAAAUUUGGCAGUUAAUGGGCUAAAUCGCAUCGCAUAUUGAUGAAAUCAUCGAGUUUUGAUUUACGGCUAAUUUCUUCUCCGUGUAUUCUCUAUUAGACCUCACCCGGCGUCCCAUUUACAGUUUGCCGGUAACCUCGCACGUGUUUCUUGCAAGGUACUUCCGUCCAAUAUCUAUCCGUGCCAGAUGCUUUUUACGCUCUGGCGUGAGAAGAAAUAUCAUUCUCUUACGCGGCUCAAAGAGGGAUAUGUAAGCGUUUUCCCCGGGUAACAUUGAAACGUCUCAAGUGCACCGUACUUUCCAACUCCGUAAUAAUUCUGCCACGCUUUCAUAUUUCAUAGGUAAGUUACGAACAUUAGCGUCGAUAGAGUCGUUAAUACUUGAUACGCUCUCGUGUAAAUGCGUAACAUCUGCGGAAACAGAGAACAAGCGGCAGAAAUACGCCGGGUUUCCGCCUAAUGUCAGGAACUUCGUUAUCACGUUGAAGACGAUACUCGCGGUUAAACGAGGCGUGACGGAAUUCAGGCUACGCGCAAACGAACGACAAUGAUCUUGACCUCGCGACACAUACGAAUAACCUCGCUCUCGCGACCGAGGCCACCGUGCAUACACGAGUGUCGCAGUAGGAAGGGGGAAGUUACACGUCGUCAUUAAUAAACAUGAAAGCGGGCGACAGUAACAAUCAUAUGGGACCGUAAUCGUAUUUCGUCGCUUUAUAUGAUGAGGACGACAAGCUCGAAUUUCGUUCCCGAUUUCGGUCGAUUUUUCGCGACCAAAUCCAGAGUGUGGCGAUAAUAACGUUGUUUAUUAUGGUGAUUUACACAUCAUAUCGUGUAAUUUAUAUUAUAAUAUAUUAUGAUAUGCAGCGAGAUAAAAUAUAUUUAUCUUUCCCUCUCUCCCUCUCUCUCUCUUUCUCUCUGUUUUGUCAUUUACGAACUUCUGUAGAGGAUAUUACAAUAUAAUCUGUUUCAUAUAACUAAUUUUAAAAGUACAUAUUUUCGAUCACAUCGACGUAAAGCUACCAAGCGUUGGACGAGACAAAAGUCAACGAUUUGAAUCAUGCGAACGAGACUGUGCAAACUGUACUGGCGUCAGUCUGUAAGUCAGUCGAGUCAAGGAACUGCAAAUAAUGAUAUUCGCAGCUGGUUCGAAACUUUCGAAUGAAUAUUGCACGACCUUGAAUUGAAACGCGACAAGUUAUUUUCAAAUCUUUUAUUGACUCAAACAGAUAUUUUACAUGCGAAGGUUGGAAACUGAAAGAGUAAAACUUGCAUUGUGAACUCGAUAUUUGCUGAAAUUUCAUCAGCGAAAGUAACUUUUUGUUGAAAUAACAAAUCAAUACAUUUGCAAUUAGAAUUUCUUUAGAGGACUCUCCCCAUAGACUACCUUGCAUUUUUUUACGUAACUGUGUAAACAAACUUAUCGACUCGAUAAUGUGAACUGAAAAAAAGUUUUUGCUGUUAUUGACAUGUGAUACUGGUCCCUUGCGAGAGAUCCUUGCGUUGCAUCGGUAGCGCGCGAACGUAUUAAUAAAUAGAAAAAUAAAUGAAGAAAUGUCCGAUAACUGGGGAAACGAUGCACAAACAAAGAAAGAAUUCAAGUCCAUGAGACAGGAAACCGACAUGCCCAAUUCUUACAGGAAUUUAUGAACGAGACAGACGAGAUGCACAGGGGCAUUUUUCGCAGAUAUAUUAAGUUGAGAGCUGUCUCUUCUCGGACGUUACAUAUAUCCGCGGGGCAAAUUAGAGAGAUAUAUAAUAAAAAUUUCACAUAAACCUCGUAAACUCGCGCGCACCUCGCUCGAACGGUAUCCACAGGAUCCAGCGAACUCGCAGGCUGGAAGAGGAGGAAGCGAGAGAGAGAGAGAGAGAGAGAGUGGGAGCUCGAGACGGCAGAAAGCGAAUACAUAUGAGUAGAGCAGGACAAAUAGGCGGUAUAAAAGUCACGGGAUCCUUCUUUACGAGAUAUCAGGUCGAUAGAUAAUUUCGCGACGGCGGUCACCGUCGGGACCGUCCUGGACAUUCAAUUUCGUAAAUGGCAGCGGAAUCGCGUCCGACGACGCUCGUAAAUCGCCGGGGCCUUAUCGCGCGAUUGCCAGUCGGCUGGCUUCUUCGGCUUGAUACGUCGUGAAUCGAAAGGGUCGGCUCGUACGUGUCGAUCCGCGUGGUAACCGGAACCGGAAGCGGCCGGGCGUGAAUAACGUCGUGAGCCGUCGUAUUCGCUGCGGCUCGCGGACUGCGCACUAGGGACGCCCUGUUACGCAAUGCGCGGAUAGCGACAUUGGUGACAAUCAUCAAAUUACCUACGAGUGCACCGCGAUCACUCGCAGUUUCGCGCGAUACUUCGCGAGCGGAAGGCUUUAUCCGGCGAUCGUGUUCGUAAACGCCGUACAGUAUCGCGUGCACGAACGCAUGAAAGAACGGCCGAUUACAAAUCGGCGACUCGAAGCCGGUGUUAUUCACGUUGGUCUUGUUGGCCGUCGGUUCGACAAUCAUCGAAGGGUCCAAGGGAAAAUUCAAGAUUCUUCAAUUAAGAAGGGAAAUUUCUCAAGAAGAAGAGAACACGAGAAAGAGAGAGAGAGAGAGAGAGAGAGAUAAAACGGCGAUACAAUGGAACCGAAAAGAAACCACCGAUCGCUGACAGAUAUUCUCGAGAUGGACAAUUCGCGAUCGAAGGAAUUGUCGGUUGUAUCGAUACAUAAGCCGGGAACCUUCGAGAUUUUGGCGAGACAGACGAUGGCCUGGUGCCGUUAUUGGAUCCAAACAUUUCCCGUUAGAAUGACGUUGAACAACAUCGGGUUGUUGACGGUGAUCCUCGCGAUAGUGUUGCCGCGAUCCUUCAUUUACAGGCUCGUAUAUCCGAUUUUCAGAUUGGUCUUCGGCACUCUAUACCCGGCGUAUGCUUCUUAUAAGGCUGUGCGCACGAAGAACGUCAAGGAAUAUGUCAAAUGGAUGAUGUACUGGAUCGUGUUCGCGCUGUUCACGUGCGCGGAAACGUUCACCGACGUCUUCUUUAGUUUCUGGUUUCCGUUUUACUAUGAGAUUAAGAUCAUCCUGGUACUCUGGCUGCUGAGCCCGGCCACUAAGGGCUCCAGUAUUCUUUACCGACGCUUCGUACAUCCAGCGUUAAUCCGCCGCGAGGCUGAGAUCGACGAGGCCCUCGCACGCGCGACAGAACAGGGUUACACGGCGGUGUUGCACCUCGGCACUAAGGGCGUAAAUUAUGCCACCACGGUCCUCAUGCAGACCGCGAUCAAGGGCGGCGGCGGGCUGGUGCAGCAAUUGAGGAAAAGUUACAGCCUCAGCGAUCUGACCGGCGAGAAGGAGGAUGAGAAUAGAAACACACCCGACACGCACGACGAGACGGACAUGCAAGCAGAACCUCGUCGAAGAGAGCACGUCGGCAGAAGGGGCUAUAGCCCUCGCAGGACCCAGUCCAGCAGCAAUCGAGUAGAGAUGUAUUUUUCCGAAGUGGAUGUCGACGUUCGACAGCCAAGGCCUAGAGAACCCAUAGCUAGUUUAACAAAUAUAAGGUCUUCGGACGACAUAUCUAGUGGAUACAGCAGCGGCGAGGCGCUACAGUCUCAUCGCGCGAUCUCUCAGGGUGACUCCUUAGUGAGAACGUCGAGCGUGGGCGCGAGAACGCGCGCGAAGCCUCGUUCCACCGCGAAGAAGACGCCAGAAGACAGGGACGAGGAUUUCGACCGCAUCGAUCUUUCACCUCUCGAAAACACAUCCCUCCCGUCGUCCCUGAAUCUCCUCACUCCCGAACAAGCUCUCGAGCUUUUGCUGUUGCUCUCUCAGAACAACUCGAAAGAUCGUCAGACUCUCGAGUGCACGGCGACGCGCGGCGAUAACGGCGAGAGAAGCGCGGACGCGAAUCGAUCCGCAGCGAAAAUAGACGAGUCGUCGUCGUCGGCGGAAUCGAACGGCGAUUUCGUCGACGUGGACUCGCAAACGGUGCAGACUAUAGAGAUCGAGAACAUCUCGACGGAGAAUUUGCCGGUGGCCGCGUUGACGAAGAGCAACGUGGCGGACCAAGCGAGAGGACCGACGAGUGAUCCCGAGAGCGAGCACGUUUCCGUGAAGGAAUCCGAUUUCCGGCGAGACGAGGCCGACUCGCCGAUCGAGUACAUCGACGACGAGGUGAAGGCCGAUCGAACAGUCUUUCCGUCAUCGCUCCCCGACGUCGCUCCCGUCACCGACGACAUCUGCCAACAGAGAUUCGACCAGCUCAAGCAAUUGUUGGACGAUGCGCACAGAGCGGUGACCGGCAUCGUGUCUUCGCGGGAGGACUUGAGUACGGUUGGCGAAGGUAAGGAACGCGACGUCCAGCGUGCCGUCACGCCGAGCUCGUCGACUUGCAAUCUCGACGGUGACAACCGCGCCGGGAAGUACCAUAAGAAACCCGCCCCGAGAGCGCCGCUGGUGGACCAGGAAGACGACGUCCAGGAGAACGACGAGGCCGAGAGCGCGCUGAAGGCUACCCUGGUCAUUAAGACCGGAACGUUGAGGACGUUCUCCAACGCGGACGUUAAGAAGGACGUUUUCCUGGCGCACGCGCCGGACACCAUCUCGACGAAGAGGAAGAAGAAGUCCGGCAGGCUGCGCGCUAAGGAGAGCUUCUCCAAGUUACUGACGAUCCCGAAGAACAUCUUCCACAGCGCCUUCCACAAGGAGCAGAACGAGCCCUCCUCCAAGGAGGAGGACUCCAGCUCCACGUUCUCCGAGACUAGCGGGUCCGCGUCGCGGUCGGAUAGCGUCUGCUCGCAAAUGUUCGUGGACGCCUCCACGAAACUGCCGAGCCCCUCGAAGCAGGGGGCCGACGUGGAAGAAAUCCCGCUGAGACCGGAGCGCGAUGACGGGGAUCCCGAGAAGAAUAUCGAUUCGGAGAGAGCUGAUCGGAGGAUCGUAGCUCUGGGCAAAGCCGAGGCGGGUCUUGAGAAAAUCGACAAGGUCGACGAAGACGCGAUGAAGAAUACGGGGAUGCUCGGGAAGAAGAGCGCCGGAAAUAGAUCCGAUCCGGAGGUUCGCGAGAUUUCGGUCCGCGCUGGCAGGAAAGAGAUCGUCACCGACAUUUAAGAGCGCCUCGCUGCGGAAUCCGGAUGUUCGAGCGCUUGGAAUAUUUAAUUGCGUGUACCCGUUUUGUCUGACGUAUACUUCGACGUAUACGAGAAGAGCUUGUCCCUCCUCCCACCUCGUAUCCCGCACCUCACGUUGUCUUAAUUGGAAAUCCAGGCAGAAGAGAUGGACUGAUCCGUCUAAGAUCAUAACGAGUUUCGCUACCCUGCCUCGUAGUAAGAAGACCAGCAAGAAGAAAGUGGCAUGAAACCUACCUGCUGCUGACCGCAUCAAGGAAUAAGACCAAGUUUCUUCUUCGAGGAAAUAAAAAAAAAAUCUUCGUCAGCGUGCGAAUCUAAUUUUGCACGAGCGAGUUCACACGGGCACAUACGGGUCAGCAGCGAUUCAACGAUUAGGCGAAACGCGCGAUAUGUAUACCGCUAAUGUCUCGAGCACCAGUAUUUCUUUUGAUUCAGCCUUUACGAUUGUAUCGAUUUCAUUUCUGGAUCGUUAAUCUUUCAUCGUAUAGAGAAAAUUUCAAUUUCUCUCUCUCUCUCUUUCCCUCUUCGCUUUGAUUUAUUCUCGAGCUUACCGGAUAUGCGUGAGAAAAAUUGUUUCGAGAGCCUCUCGUCAUUUCCCGGCGAGAGAGAGAGACGUAUAAAUAUAUUUCUAUCGAACUCCGAUGGCCGGGUCGCGAUAACACCGUUGCUCACAGUCAUCCCAAAGUCUUACGUUCGAUAAUUUCCCCGUAUGUACGUAUCCUAAACCUCGUGAGUGAGUUCUAGCUUUUAUAUGGUAAACGUUUCGGUAGUGCUGGUAGAGGAGAACUUGAUACAUAUUGCACGCAGUAUAUCUGCUUACGAAUAGGCUUUGAUUAUAACGUUACGAAACUUGCCAUACUCGCGAUGGUAGUCACGAACGACGUAGGAAAAUAAUAAGUCGUUCCCGCGAACGAAAGCAACACGACGACACUAAACGGCGAGAGCACGUUUGAGACGUGAUCGCCGCGGAAACGAUCGAGGUAUCUUGCAUCCAGCGACUGUGAAAUUACGUAGAACGACUUUGAUAAUAUCGUAAUCGAACAAAUUAAGUCUAGUCAGCAGAGGAAAUGAAAUAGAGACUCAGGCCAUAUUGAAAUAGUGCCACGCGAUUCCCCUUUGUUACCGAAUAGUAAUCGUUCGACGGACUGUAUCCAAUAACUACGAUUAUGCGGUGUGCGUCGCGAAAGAUUGUUGCGAAUUGUAUUAGCUUGAAUUGUACUUCGCGCAAGUUCGAAAGCUCGAGGAGUGGCGCGACCCCCUCGAGGACCGUAGGGGAAGGUGACACGAUUCUGCGUAAGGACCAACGAUUCGUCGUAAUUAAUUUCUGACAAAUUACGUUAGGGACAUCGUUAAUGAAAUGAUUAUUAUGUUUUUCACGCACUCGCAAUCUAUCCGAAAGCGAAAUACUAAUGCGCACUUGGUAGUGAAUAUCGUACGGACACUGGCUGUACUUCUAACUUCUUCGUAUCGGUUCUGUCGUGUUUAGAAUUUAUCUCGCUUGACUCGUAACGCACGACGUAAACGUUCACCCAAACUAAUUUUCGCGAUUGCAUAUAUUUCGUAUGUCAGGCGUCAUAUAUUCGUCAACAUAUAUUCGCAAGAAUUUCCAAUCUUCAAUCUACAAUGUGAACCUCCUAGAAGCCAAUUAAUCAACUGUACCUUUUGUAAAUUUUUUUAAAUUUUGUAAAGUCAAGCACUGAUGACACAUGUGCGUUCUGGUGAUAAAAUUAAGAAAUUUAAAAAAAUAGAGUUGAUUGGUUUGCCUUUUGAGAGGUUCACGUAUGUGUAAAGUUGGAAAUCGUACAAGCAACGUGUGUUAGUUGUGAUGCUAAAGCAUACAUGGUGUCCGGUGUACGAUAUAUUCUUUCAUUACAGCGAACGGUUUCAACGUACGCCGUAGAAGACUUACGCACAAGUGCUACGAUUACUUUGAAUUUAAUUAGUAUACGUUAAUCAAUUCGUAUAUAUAGUUUAUCGUGCCGUAUUUUAAACGUUUAUUGUGUAGCUUAGACAAAAUUAACAGUAUCAUAUAACAUGAACAUAAAAAAAGAAUGAAAGAGGAAGAAAGGAGAGGAAAGAACGCGGGACGUGGCGUUACUUGGUAUUGGUUAAUCGCUUGAUCGAGCGAGAUACUCGAUUUGUUACUCGACUAAUGAUUGUUGAUUUUACGUGUAUAUGUUCUAAGCGAAGUUCACGAUGUAUAAUCGGCAAAGCAAAAUGUAGCAAAUGCUCUGAUUCACUUCGCGAAGUGUAUGUAAAAAUUGUGUAAAUGUGAUCGAUAUGAGGGAAUAAUCGUAUUGUUAUUGACACAGCCAUGUACGCGGAAUAGAUAUUUUUAUCGAAAGCAAAUAUAAUAAUGUUCGCUCGAAAUUAAGAUACCACAUUUGCUGCAUUUUACUUGCAUCUUCUAACGCGACACGUUGAGAAACGUUAAUUCGUACUUGUCCCGAACUUUAUAUGUGUGAGCGUAUGUGAUAAAAGAGAGAAAGAGAGUAUAUGUGUAUAUGUGUGUGCGUAGAUGGACACACGCGUAUGCGUAUGUGAGUAUGCAUGCGCGUAUGUGUGCGUGUGUGCUUGCACGAGUGUGUGGGUGAGAGAAAAGAAGCUCAACUACAAAUUUCUCUCUCUACUGCUAUUAAAUACGGUCGGUUUCCUAGAUCUUAUAUAUCACUUGUUCUUUGUAAGUAUUACGCCUCCGGCGCAUAAAUUGUGUGUCCCGAGCUCUUAUGGUGCUGCGAACUUUAUAAUUUGUUUUACCAAUUAUGUACUUUCUCGGCGGAAAGAGUGAGAAGAAACAAAAUCGAGAAUACUUUUAGUGUAAAGUUACUCUGCUUCUGGGGUUCUCGAAAAAUUAUCGAAGAUGCGAAAUGAGAUCGGUUUAGCAGUACUUCAGUUCAGAUAUAGUGUAGUGAAUAAAUGAUAUUGGAGUGCGAUA